AUGAUUAACGGCAAGCCUGAACUUGUUAAACCAGAUAUUUAAACAGACAUACCAACAGACAAACUUAUUCAUAACAUUGUCUAAAUAGACAAAGUUUAUAGAGAAGAGAAAAAAAUGUAUUUACUUGAUUUAUACCUUUAAUAACUCCCUGAAAAUAAGGCAGGCUCAUUUAAAGUGGUGGAAACAGUAGCAUUUAAAGUUAUUGAUUAAGCUUAGUGGGUCAGAGUUAGCGAUAUCGAAAAGGUUUAUCACAAGCAAGGUGAAACUGUAAAAUAUAUAUCAUUUGUAACCUACAACAUCUGGUUUGAGAGUUUCUACAAAAGAGAGAGAUAUUAAGUGUUGUUAAGAAUGAUAGAGUAAUCUGAUUCUGAUUUUAUCUGCUUAUAAGAAGUUAUUUACGAGUUUCAAAUGAUGCUUUUCAAAGAAAAAUUCGUUCAAGAUAAAUACUUUUUGUCGAACUCUGAGAUUCACGGGGGCUAUGGAGUAUUAAUUAUGAGUAAAUGGCCUUGCAAAUUUUAUGAAGCGAAAUUCCCGACGAAUAUGGGCAGAAGUUUGUUGUUGUGUGAAACUAUUAUAAAUGACAAGCCUGUCAUAGUUUCAACUGCUCAUUUUGAAAGCUUGGGGAAUGGUCCAAUAAGAAAAUAAUAGCUAGAAAUUUCAUUUCCAAUCCUUAGCAUUGUUGAUGAUGCUUUCUUAAUGGGAGAUUUCAAUUUUAAUUCCACUUGGAAACUUGAACAAGCAAAUAUUAGCAAGGACUUUGAUGAUGUUUUCUUAACUCUUAAUAAUGGAGUUGAAUCAUUUACGAUGUAAAAGACUCCAAGAUUUUCUGCAUGGAGACCAGAUAAAAUAUUAGCAAAGAAAUCCUCAAAAUGGAAGGCUGAGUUCAUUCAAAGAAUAGGACUAUUUUGCAUUCCUUCUUUUGCUGGCGAAAAUGUAAAUGAUAUUGAGACUGACUAAAAGGUAAGAACUCCUUCAGAUCACAUGGGUUUAUUCAGUAUCUUUAAAUUAAAUGAAUCUGAGGAAAAAUAAUGA